UCAGUGUGUAUCCGGCUUUCCCCCCCAUUGGCGCUUGUCGCUUCUCGUUUUCGUAUCAGCAAACUCAUUUCUUUUUUGUGUAACUAAUCUCUGAAAUGUAAUAAGUUUAAAAUGGAAACCAUCGCGGCAGUUUAUUUAUUUUUAUUCGUAACCCUAGAGUUGUUUUUAGUCAAAUCUCAAGUUUUUUCAUCAUCGGAGAAUCAUGAUUUUAAUAAUGAUCUGGACGUCAAAGUUCUGGUCAAUGGAAUUCCUGUCAUCAUACCAAAGGAAUUCUCUGCUUCCUCUCAAGACAGACUGAAAGACUCGGGAACAGAUGCAGCCCUUGCAUCCAGCAUUCAAUUUCAGCCACCUUCACUAGAUUUCAAAGAAAGGCAUUUAGGAAUUCCUCAUCAUGAGAAAGUAACAAUCAUUAACUUAAGUCCAAAUAAAACCAUCAGAAUGUCUUCUAUAUCAGGAAGCACUGUUCAUUUUCAUAGUUCCUUUUUUGAAGAUAAGCUGAUACCUCCCCUUGGAAAUACGACGUUCAACGUUGUAUUUUUAGGACGAGAAGAAGGAGAGGUCGAAAGCUCUCUGUUCAUCCACACUUCCAUCGGGAGUCUUAAAUAUCAGGUACGAGGCAUUAGUAUUCAAAGCCCCUACCGACUGCGGCCAUUGUCAGGGAUCCGCCUUCCUCUCAAUGCAUCUUUCAGUCCCUUAAUUAAUCUUCAUAAUCCAUUUUCAACACCAAUUCAGCUUGUGGAGGUGUUCAGCAGUGGAGGGGAUUUUCACCUGGAGCUACCAUCCGGGGAGCUCGAGGGUCCAAAGCAACUAUGGGAAAUACCUGCAUUCUACACCAAGCCGGUCAUCAGAGUAAAAUUUAAUGCACAUACACAAAAGAAUCACACAGCUUAUAUCAGAUUAAAAGUGAAUCGUAGUGAGGAGGUAUUGAUCGUACCUCUCGAAGUAGAAGUGAGUCCGAGCUCUGGUAUCUACUCACCAGACGAUAUCAUCGAUUUUGGAAUUGGAGGGCAUCAAGACCCCCCAAAAACUUUGUUACUUCAUCUUAAAAACUCGUGGAAGAAACCUAUCAAAAUACAGAAUAUAAUGAGUAUUCCUCCGUCGAAAGCUUUAAAGAUCGAUUUUCAACCGAUCAAAGUGCCUCCUGAUUCCCAGACUGCAACCAAAGUUGCAUCUUUAACCUUUGACUGGAAACUAGCGCAAGAUCAGAGCUAUAGCAAGGGAAAACUUGUGAUAAAAAGUAGUGGGGUGGGUGGGGGAGUAGAGAAACUAGUCAUGAGCUACAUUGCUCGCACUUUACAUGGUGGUCUUGUUUUUGAUGUGCCUGCCAUUGAAUUCCAACCCCUCAACAAGGAGUUCUAUCAGCAACCGUUUCACAUCAAAAAUACGUUUGCACUGCCUGUUGUUAUUCUAAAUGUCACAGUGCCUCGGGAAGCUGCCCAACAAAUACAGAUCAUUAACUUUGAGCCGAUCAUCAUUAUGCCUGGAGAAAAAGUACCUCUUUUUACCUUAGAUUUAGUCGAUAGUUCUGAACACUUCAAUAGUCUGAAUACAGAAAUUACAAUUCAUUCAAAUGUUUCGUCCGUGAAAAUUCCUCUACUGCGAUACAGCGGUCAUCUCAUGAAGGUAACGGAAUCAGGUGAUGACUUAGUUAUUGGUACAAUCGAGGCUCAACGGUUACUCACAACAAAUGUUGGGCUCGUGAAUUUGAAUCCAGCACCUGUGAAAUUGCAGAGUUGGGGUAGUGAUUUAGCAGCAGUUUCUGUUGAACUUCUCGGUACUUGCGCUCAUUCUUUGCGAUGCAUCAGUCAGUCAGCAAUUUGCAAGUUUACCGAUACGAAAACAAUUGAAUCUGGGCAUCAGGCUGUGCUGAAGGUGACUGUGAAAACAGAGAAACCCGAUGAAGUCGUGGAAGGUGAUGUGUGGGUUGAAUCAGAAUUUGAGCGGCUUUCAUUCGCUCUUCAAAUGAAAGUUGUAGAUGGAAAGAUCAAAGUCAUCAAUCAGCCUGUCAAAUUCAGUGAUUGUUUUCCAGAGCAGUCGUGUUCUAUUCCACUGGAAAUUUCAUCGGAAUUCAACUUUCCAAUGAAUGUGGUGAAUGUAUCCCACACUUCUCUUGAUGCAAGCGGGAUCUCAUUCUCACCAGAAAAGGAGGCGAGAAUAGAUCCCAUGACCACUAGUAUCGUUGGACAGUUAGUUUGGAAACCUCCAGAGGAAGCGUUUCAGUCACUGCUCCACAACAGCACAGAAACACAAGAGUUCCUAGCAUCUCUCUCGCUUCCGUUAAACGUUGCAGAGUGGGAUCUUCAUCAUUUAAAUUCACAGCGCCAGCAGUUCCGCACUUUUUUUUCACAACCACUCAACUUUUCGCUGAGACUUGACACAACAGAAAUCCGCCGCCACCUGUUUUUAGCUCAGCUCCCACUGUCGUGGCCAGUCAUGACACAAAAGACAAUUGAGUUUCCUCUGACGUUGAUCGGAAAUCAAACGUUCCGGAAUUUGACACUGAUAAAUUUUUCCAGUCGACAGCCUGUAGUUGUGCAGAUUGCACCUUUUGUCCUCUACAAAGAUUAUCUGGAAAAUGAACGAGAACUCAGUGAAUUUUUUAAUUUCACCAAUGAAGCAUUGAAUGAUCCAAGCCAGUUUUCUGUAUCAGUGGAAGAUUCGUUGAUCUGGGACUAUCCAAAUGCACACAGAGCAUCAAUUUUGUACCUCAUCCCUCCUGCUUCGAACCUCACCCUAUCAAUCUGUUUCUCUCCAUCAAAUGCUGAGUCAAUCAUAGAAUAUAUAGCUAUCAGGAAUAAUUUAACUACACUGGAACUCGUCAAGUUGCACGGCCUAGGGACAGAAGUUCAGUUCAAAUUCGGUAAUCGAAAACCAGGUUCUGAUUCGCCACUUUUGUUUGAAAUAACAGAAAAGCAUCUGAAGGAUUGUGAGAAGGACAAAAAUCAAAAAGAUGCAGCUGCUCCAAAUCUUACAGUGAAAAGGACCUUCACUGCACGUAACACUGGUGAACUUCCGAUCCUGAUACUGGGAUAUUUGAUCAAUGGCUUACCAACGGAAGGAUACGGUUUUAAAGUCCUCAAUCCGGAGCCUUUUGUCCUUCUCUCUAACACAACGCGGAAGGUGGAUAUUGCCUUCACUCCAGAUUUCACACUGGCACGAAUAGAGCGCACGCUUACCAUCAUUACAGACAUGUCGAUUCCAACCAACUACACACUUGUUGCAACUCUUCCGACGCACAUGCUCGCCCCUUGCUCCGCGGUAAUCAAACGGCCUGCUUGGGAGCCGCUACUCUACUACAUUGUCUUGACCUUGAAACUCACGCUCCUAGCGUGCGUCAUCGUAGCAGCAUUCUUAGAAUCAGAACGACUAUUGAAGUCUGUAAUCAUCCGUGCGCAAGAUGCAGCUAUUCAGCCAGUUCUUGAUCUCAAGAGUGUGGCUGAAAAAGACAUUGAAGAAAAGAUAAAUUAUAGUGAUAAAUCUAGCACAAAGGAAGGCAAUAAACCUCCCGCCAUUAGCCUUGAUGAAUCUUACUGUGAUCCCUCUAGUCAGUCCUCCUCCUGGUUUAGCUUCCCAUCAUCGUUUUACAAAGAGAAGAGCGAUAAAGAAAAAGUUAAGACAAAAUCUUCAACUAAUUCUACAUCUAAUUCAACACUGAAAAGAAGAACGCCUACUAGCAAAAACUCCGAGUCCACCUCUUGGUCCAGCAUUUUCAAUGCGACCUCUAGUUCGCUUUUGAAUAUGUCCAGUGCACCAAAAGUGAAAUCUGAACCUCCAGAACAACCAGUUAAAGUAGACGAUAACAGUAAAAUUUCAACCCCCAAAGUGAACGGUAGAACUAAUCACUUGCCGAGUGAAGUGAGCGUGCAGAAAAAAGCAGCAGCCAGUAAUAAAAAAACUAAGUCCAAGUCGAAAAAAGAGGGAAAAAUUGAAACUAGUCUAACGAAGAAAAAUUUGGAGGAGUGGAACUCAUCCAGCAGUUCACCUUCAUCAACCAAUUCUAGCUGUCAUGAAAAGGAGUUUAAAAAAACAGAAAGGAGUUUGCCACUUCAAGAACUGCGUGACCAGGCUGCCAAGUUAACUCCAAAGCAAGCCAAAGUAGACAAACCACUUACCAAUGGAGUUGUGUCGUAUGCAACAACCGAGGCAAACGAUGAUAGUGACAAGAAGAAACCCAAAGUUAAAGUGAGUGUGAAGGUGGCCAAGCCAGGUCACAAGAAGACGAACAGUUUAGACCUGACAGCCAAUUUUGAAAAUGCACAAACGAAAAAAGUCAAAACAGUCCUGACGAACGUUAAAUCGCUACCCUUGGCCAGAAGUAACAAAGGAAACUUUGUGGGUCCGGUCUCGGUACAGUCAAAUUUGGAGAAUGGAACUAGGAGUCAUGUUUGGGAAGACAACAAAGCUAUUAACACUCCAAAAGUUACAGCAUGGGUACCUCCGCUACCUGCAGGAACACCUUUUAAUUACAGCGACCGCUCUCAAAAUUUGAAACAAUCCAAGCCCAUGCGACUGAGCUUCAGUGAUGUUGUUGCACGCUCCGAUAAUCGUCAACCGUCUAACAGCGCAGCCUACCACAAGCGAGAAAAAGCCUUCGAUUUCUCAGUUCCUCCUCCAGAACCAAUUGGACCCAAAAAAUCCACAAAUCCAGCGUCACAAAUGUGGGGAAACUCUUUAUUCUCAAGUGUGCCUCCGUUUAGCAAUGUUGACAAAGUAUGGGAUCAGUCUAUUGUCCUGAAAAUGAUAGAAGAGGAAAGGAUCAAGAAAGAAACUCUCGCUCGCAAUGCUUUAAUAGACUCUUGGCCAAAGUCAAUCCCCUCGCUAUGGUCAGACGCUCCGUCAUCCUCUUUACACACCGGGAGUCCACUCAGCAAUGCCGUCUGGAGCAACUCGUCUCCGACACGGAGUUCAGUGUGGGGCAGCGAUGUUUGGGCGCCUCCUGCUGCCUCGACCCCGCCCCGCACACCCUUGCGGCCGCCUCCUGGGCUAGCACCCACCACUCCGAGAGUGGCCCCUUCUUCCCCUCUCCAUGUCUAUCCAAAUUUGGCUUCGCGCCAGCGGAUAUUCGAUGAAGGAGACAUCCCUCUUCCACCAAGCUACACUGCCAAUCAAGAGAAAUCUCAGCCAAAGCUUUCACAGACGCAAGAGUAUGACCCAUUCCGAUCUCUAAGCAGUAUCUGGUCAUCGCCCUCACCAUCUCCUUCUCCCUCAAUUUGGAGCUCUAAUCCUUCACAAAAAAAUUGAAUUUUUUAUCUGCGUUCAUCUCUAACCUCACGCCUUUCUAAAAAGGUUUUCUUUUCUUUUUCACCUUUUAUUUUCUUGAAAUGACAAAGGACCCAUCUUAUUUUUUUAUUUUACUGAAAAAUUAUCUGAUACAAACUGAUCUUGACCUCUGACUUGUAGCACUUUCUUUCAAAAUUUUCUAAAAGCUGUAACUGUAAAUGCCCAAGACCUAAUUUCCUUUCUAGUUUUUCCUUUAUCGGAGUAACUAGUGCUCUGUGUAAAGUCUAAAUUCUAAGCACAAAUUUAAGAUUCAAUCCAAUCUGAAUUAUUGGAAAGAAUGGUAGACCCAUAUAGUUAAAAUAUAUCAUGAAAUCAUUCCGACCGUAACGAAAUUUGCUCUUUAAGCUCCACUUUUCGAUGCUCACAAUGAUGUGAAACAAAUGACCUUUUUCAUUUCAAAAUGAAUCAUACGUUAUACUAACCUGCCUUAAUCUCACACAAAAUUGAAUCCAUUGAAGUGAAACUAAACUGCUAUCGAAGUGAUUCCUUUUCCAGUCAAGUUUGGUCACAGGUCUUACUUGUUGAACGAGUCGUGUUCAAACUGUCUGGAAGCACGAUUCUCUUGAACUUUCACAUUAAUAAACGUUGAGAUAUAAACUUUAGAGUUUUCAUCCCUUAACUCAUUUCAAGGUUGAAUUUGAAGAAUUAUUCAGAUAAAAAGCUAACUUUUAAAAAUAGCAGAACAUUCCUGUUUUCAGCGUUUAGCUUCAAUUAAAUUCAUUCAAUUCAAUUUCAGGAGUGAAGUUUGAUAUGUAGCCACUUCAAGUCUGAAAACAAAAACAAUAAUAUUCCCUUUAUGUUUGGUAAUGUUUGAUUUAGAGGUAAUGCUUGCAAUCAGCCUAAAUAGAUUGCAGAGAUAGUAACCCAAAUUCUCUUUAUGUCUAAGAAUUAAAUCGGAAAUCCCAAAGUCUUAAAUUAGGAGAGAGAAACCAGUGUAGGGAAGCAUUUGUUCAUCAAUGAUUGUUUGAUUUUAUAAUGGAAAUUAACCCUUCCACAAUCGAAUCCUCUCAUUAAAGUUUAUUCUUGCCAUAAACUACUACUCCAAGGAUUUUCCGUCAAGUCAAACCUGGGACAAUCUCUUGUCUUCGCUGUGGCUGAAACUUCAGAGCUAGAGUAUAACCUCCAAUGUGUUCUGUCUGUUCCAAUCAGCUCAGGCUUCUUUUGCUUUGACACAUCCAAUGGCAGUAUAAUAAGCGAAGAAUGAAUUUUUGCAGGGUUAUAAAAAUUUUCUGUUAACUUUGUUGGGAAAAAAUUCAGGCACACCUUUUUGAAAAUAAAAAAAAAAACCAAUCAAGUAUGAACCGUACAUAUUUUACUCUUUUACCAGAUGUGGUUUAUUCAAAAUUGAAAUUUUUUCUACCCCCACUUUUAUCAAAGGAAAUUUGCUACAUCUUCUCUUUUUUUAACAUUUUGAAGACGUUUCUCAGCUGCUUAUAGGAAGUAAUUUUUAAAUUAAAUAAUAAGCCAGUUGAUAAAUGGCUUUGAUCGAAAAACAUUUUUUGGGGCUGUCUAUUUCUAUAAUUUCUUGUAGAAAGUAAAAAAAAAAAGUUCUUGCAAAAAGUUCAACAGUGUCCUCGGGAGCCACAAAGCACCAAUUGCAAUCAAUUUUUGUUGAAUGAAAUAAACCGAUAAAGUCAUCAUUCUUGACUUUCUGGGUUGAAUGAAUUUUCUGCACCAAUUAGGAAAUAUCUGGCUGAAAAGUUUAUUACUUAACCUUUUGUUGCGCAUACGUUUUCUGUCUGAAAUUUUAAGGGAAUAGUGUCUGUAGGAACACUUUGAUUUAAAUCUGUUGGUCUGCUAGCACAUAAUUCUGAAUUUCAAUGGUUAAAAUUUGCUAAAUAAAACAGAGUGCUGCAAAAAUGAAAGAUCUGCCCUCUCUUAUCUUGCACAUUUCUCUUCUCGUAGAAUAUUUACCUCAAAACUUAGUUCACAAGACAAGUCUUGAGAAAACAAUGAUAGAAGACACCUCCUCCCCUCCCCCAAAGUUUACACCAGCGAUAAAGACAGAGCUCAUUAAUUUUUGGUGCUCACAUCACUAUUUACAUAAUUCCUCACUUGAUAAGAAAUUUAAUAUUAACAACACGGUUAAUCAUUCACCUUGAAUAAUUUUUCUCAUGCUUGUUCUUUUUUCUUUUCCUUCUCAGUUUUCCUCUUCUCUUCCUAUUUUUUUCUCCUUUCUGAGGAGUGUAAAGGAGAACGCAGCAUAAUUUAAUUUCUUUUUUUUUAUCCGAAAAGAAAAUUCAUUGUUCAGAGGAAAUGUUCCUUUUUAUUAUUUUGAAGCAUUUUAAAUACUUUUAUUUCUAGUCAUUGAUCCGUUUAAUUUUUUUUUUUGUAUCUCUUUGAAGUGUUUGUUACUAUUUUCUCUCUAUUUUCUAUCCUUCAACUUGGUCACAAAAAUUGAUCACGUUGUAAAUUCAAUCCAACCUUUUGGAUAGAUAUUUGAUUUAAUCUGAUCCAUGAAUUCUCAAAUAAGAAGGAUUAGAAUUCAUAUUUCCAAACUGAUUCAAAGGCCCACCAAAAAAAAAAGAAAAUAAUUUUAAAUUAUAUUAUCUGAGCUCUUGUGGUAUUAAAGCUGUGGAAUCCUACAGUAUGUUCCGUGCAUGAGCAGAGUCAGUUAUGUCCCAAGUAACAUACCAUAAUUUGCAAAUCAGAGGAAAGCAAGAAAAGUGAAGUGACCGAUCUUUUCUCAACCUUUGCAGUGUGAAAAAUGUAUUCUCUUUCCGUAAACGCAUAUUUCUAUCAAAAUGCAAAGAUCGUUAGUAAAUUGUUCAAUUCUCUUUUCUCUGCAUUUCUCAAACCUGUAAUAGUGGCUUCUUUACUUUAAGUGGAAAAUAACUGGCUCAAUCACUGAAGGAUGAAUAGAAUAUUUGCCAAAUAAAAUGAGAUAGGGCCAGUGAUUGUUUCAAAGAAUAAUUGUCAAAACUCAGAUUGACUCUAUGUCUCUAAGUAGCUUUAACUGAAUAUCUUGGUUGAAAUUAAAUAAUCGCUCAAUGAAAGUUGCAAAAUGCUAGGUCCGUAGAUUGUUUUAUAAGGCCAUCAUGUCACAGUGAUUUUCUGGCUUUGAAUAUCUUGUUUUCUUCAGAUUUAUUGAGACUGCUUGGUUAUUUUUUCUAUUCAUUGUUAACAUAAAUUAAAAAACAAAACAAAAAUUUCUGUUUCUCUUGGCAAUGUGGCUUUGUGAGCGUUUUCAUAAUGAGAUCCGAAUUUCAAAUCAGUAAAAAUCAAUACUCGCAAGUAAGAAAAAAAUCAGUGAGAAAUAAUUAACAAUUUUUUGGAUUUUCUGAACUUGGAAAAGCUCAAAUGCUUACUCAGGAAUGGAUUACGUUAGAGAAGAAAUGAUAUCGACGGUGUGAGUUCGUAAUCAUGUACCUUGUUUGCGGUGUUUAGAUAUCUCCGCUCUUAUUUUAUUAUUUUUCCAAGGAGUACAAAUCAACAUCAUUCCUCGAAGUUUUGGCAGAAUUUUCCUCGCACUUAGAAGAAAAAUCACGGCAUUUCUUAAGAAUUGCUGUUGAGUAGCUUUCUGUUUGAAAAACAAAGUAUGACAGGAAGUCUAUAAGGUUGCAAGCUGAGAUAUGUGGUUGUGUGCCUGAUCAUGGGAACAAGAAAAUAGGCAGUGAUUUUAAUAAAUUUGAUAUUAACAUUAUUCAUCAACUAUAGAUUAAUCGAAAUCGAUGAAAUGUGUAAUCGAUAUUUAAAGUAUCCACCUUUUUAACUUACCUGUAGCCAGAACGAAGGAUGUAUGAAGGGGACAUAGGAGCAGAGUAAUCCUCCAUGCUGCCCUCCUCCCUGAACUAAAAACAUCUCUGUUUAGUCUUUUAAAUUUCCUGGAAAAGGGGCAGGCCCCCCAGCCUCCUGUAGUUUUAUACAUGAUAGUAACAUGAUAAUGUGAUCAAGACUUGCCUAAAAUCAUGACAAUGACACCCACUGUGUUGAAAAGUUAAUUCUGUCAUCAGCAAACUCGUUUUGAAAAAUGUACCCAUCCUUGAAAUUUUUAAGGUGUCAAAUAGUACUCUGUUAAGUUGACGUCACUUCGUCCUGAUUACAUUGAUAUAUUCCCCAUUUUCUGGCCUUAAUAUCAAUGAGAUUUUGAUUUUUUUGUGAGUUUCGAAUCCUCAACCUCACGCAUUCCUUCCUCAGAUUGUAGCACUAUAGUUUGCUUGUUGUAAGGUGUUUAUAAUUUUAAUUUUCCAAUUUUUAUCGAAUUUUUUAUCUCUCUGGCUCACCAAUCAAUUUUUUUUUACUCCGCGUUCGUAUGUUUUAUCACAAUUGCCUCUCCUUUAUUUUUAGCAAAUGCUGUGAGGCUCAGCCAGUAUAAACAUAUUUGGAGGUAUUUCUGCCAAAGGGAAUUGUGUGGAUUAAAACAUGAGCCCUGAGACCCAUAAGAAUAUAUGCAGAACAGGGCUCACGUCAUAAUGCACAUAGUUCUGUGUAGCAGAAAGAUGUCCUUUUCUUUCAAUCACUCGCUGUUAUUUUUAAGCUUCCCUCUUUCUAUCGUUACAAAUAAGUACCAUUUUCUGACUCAGCUUUUUUAUGUUGUACAAUCUAAUCUAAGCACGCCAUAGUUUUGCCUCUGCCGAACUGAUUCUUUUUAAUCGUCGUUGAUUUUCAUUCUCAUUGCUCUUUUUUUAUUACCCCUGAACAUUCUGCGUAGAAUUGUUACAUUAUCAUUUAUCAGUAGACCAUUGUUUUCAACAAUUGUAAUUUUUUUCUGUUACUUAGGUACUUACGUAUCUAAAUAUUUCUUGACACUAAUGACUAACGACCUAAAUGAUACAUUUUUCUCCAAGUUUCAAAAACGAUUUAGCUUUGAAACCCUCUUUAUUUUUAAACUCUUUUCUUGUUGGUAAAAACAAUUUACAGCAAAAAAGUCUGGCUGCAAUUAUUUUUUUUAUGUAUGACUCUUUCUUUCUUUUUUUUAAGUCCGAGGCCUGUUUCUCAAUUAGUGAAUGAUCCCUUUGUUCCCCUUGAUUUUGUUUUUGUCACAAAAAAAGGCCAUGAAAUUUUAAAAUUUCAUUUUUAAUUUUAUCUCUACCGUUUUGUUAAUGCAUUAAAAUAAAAUGUCCAAUGAAGGUCAAUCUUUUGGAUUAAUCAGUCGUUCUGUGAUCAUAAAAUUUUAGGAUGCCACUUUCAUUGAAAAAAGUUUCAGUGAAAAAAAAAAAAUGUUAAAGGUAUUAAGGUAUUUGAAAAGAUGAACCUCUAUGAGUUUGCUCAUAAUCUUUUCAGCAUUCGUCUUCACAUAAUUUUAAUUUUCACUCUAUAAACACUGUCAACUUGUUCCUUCGAACUGUUUCCAAGAUUUCCAUCGGAUUGAAUUUAUAUUUGCAAGUGUGAUAAUUUUUUACCAUGUAUGUAAUGCCGAAAUUGACAUAGAUAAAACUGAGAAAAUUAGAAUUCCAAGCUUGUCAAAUAGUAUGUGAGAAAGCAGCGCUAUUGCGUUUCAAAUUAGGUAUAUCAAAUCUCCUCAUACGGUAUCAAUCUUCUGAUCAGAUGAUGCUUAGCUCAUUUCACAAACUGUAAAUCUAACAACCCUCCUCCCCCCGCCCUAUUUCUCCUAAGUGUUCCCUUAUUGUUGGUGUUCUCCUUGUUUUGAAUAACGUCGAUGUGAUCUUAAUAAUUGUUUAAUCGUUCGACAACUUCAAUAAAAUAAUUUUUUUACGCUCUAAAAA